GUUAAUCAAUUAUUUAGAAUCAAGGUGGUUUGACUAUUACAUUUAUUUCAUUUUCUGUUACAUUGGUCAUUUUCCGUUUUCGAUCGUCCGCCUUUGUCUGUUACGUUCUCGAAACCUAUGAAGGUGGUAUAUGGGACAUUUAUCCAUAUUAAUGUGGAUAAAAGUACCUUAUAAUUAAAUUCUUUCUCCGGUUUAGAAUGUGUUAUUUUUUAUAAUAUUCGGCCAAAAAUACGUUUUAAUUUUGUUUUAGAAAGGUGAAAACUAUUAUUUAAACUAAUGACAAAUAUUCGUAGUAAACGCUCGAAUUUAUUGGGCUACGCUGUUGGAUAAAAAUUUUGUGAAAGAAAAUGUUUCAUUUUAUCGAUCAUUUCAACUGGAAGUUCCUCACAGUAUGAAGGUGUCCCAUACCACCUCAAACCCAUCAUGGAAAUUAGUUAGUAGUUUAAGAAAAGAACAUAAAUUGUGAAACUAAAUUUCCCUAUUAUGAUUACAAUUUGGGGUAAAACUAAAUAUAAAACUGCCUCUGGGCAUCGUCUGGAAAAAAUAUACUUGUUUGAAUAGCAUUAGCUUUAUUUUGUGUAUGAGCUUCCUCUGUCAAGUUUAUUUUUUUCUUCAAUUUUGUCUUCAAUUAUAUUAUGGUGUUUAGUAAUAACAACAGAAAAACAAUUUGCCAGAAUUUUCGGGGAUAUUAAGUCUUCCAAAAUUCAAGUAGGCGUAUUCGUCUUGGCCUCCUGAAGAAAUUGUCAUGUUGUAAAUUUAAAAUUUACCGGUUGGCAGUAAAUACAAAAUUUACAUGCCAUGUCGUAAAUUGUAUUUACUGCCACCCGGUAAUCAAACUUUACAAAAUGAUAUAUAUUGUAUAUGAUUUCUUUUAAGGCACACUAUCUUGUCAAACAGUUGAGGAAAGGGUCCCUGACAAAAAGAAUGGUGUGGGUCGACAGAUGGUCUGACUACAGUGUUGUAGUAGUAUCAGACGACCAGGUUUGUCGGUGAUUUGCAUCAAAAAAUUUAAAAUUUAGUAAUUCAACUCAUGCAACUUAACAACACUUGUCAAAAGCAUAAGACUGCUGAUUCACAGAGGGUGUACUGUUUUUGUAGAGACACAAAGAGUACUUUGGUAUUAGAUGCCGUGCUCCAACAUGUAACGAAACUACUUUCGAACACUCUCUUCUUAUUUGGUUUACGUUCCGAGGUUCUGGAUCAGUUGAUAAGCCAUCGUAGUAGCGCAUAUCGCGUCAGUACUGACGGAGUCAUUAUGAACAUGCAACUGGAAAACAUCAGCCAAAUCCCAAUUCCUAAUAGAUUGACGGUGACGAAUCUAAAACAGAAACACGUUGAAACUGUCGUCCAGGAAUGGCCAUAUUCCGGAAUCUUCAGCGAUUGCAAGGAGUGGAUCAGUGAUAUGAUCAAACAAAAUCCAAGUGUCUGCAUUGAAAACGAGCAAAGAGAUCCCGUGGCCUGGAUUCUACAACAGGACUACGGCUGUAUAGGCAUGUUACAUGUUAUUCCUGAAUAUAGGAGAGCUAAAUUAGGAAGUGCUGUUACCAUGCUUCUGAUGGAGAAAUUACUAAAGGAAGAAGACUACCUAUAUUCUGCCGUUAAUCUUGAUAACAAACCGUCACUCGCUUUCCACGAAAGGAACAAUUUUGAAUAUGUCAGUGACUUCUCGGUCGGCUUUGUGGUGUACCCUUAUGAAGAUGGUUUGCAGAAAUAAAAAUUUUAAAAUAGAAUGAUUAGACACCAUCUUAACAACAACAACCCAAAGAAACCUCUAAUUUUAUUUGAAUUAGAGGGGUGGGCAUCAACAUUGAUUGUAAACGUGCAGUACUCGCAGAAUAAAACACGUUUACGUUAAUAAUUACAUGUAUACAGUGAUUGGCCAUCCAGCCUCCUUAACGCUUGAUAUUGUCAACUUUUGUGCAACUAUUUAUAGCAUUAGUGGUUUCAGAAAUUACGCUUGAUGAAAUUUUUAUUGUUUUUAUCUGACAGAUUUAAAGUUUAACAAUAAUUACCGGAUGAUACAGUGCUUUUGUCACGUCACAUUUCAACUGAAAUUAAUGUUAUAAUAAAGGAAGA